AUGGCUCUCUACUACAGCUCGACUGCCACUCCCGCCGGAGCCGGCGGCAUACUCCGAUCCGGGGCCGGGAAGGACUACAGCCUCUUCACUCUCAGCUCCGCUUCUUUCUCCCACAGCAAUGACUACUCUCCCACCACUUGCGCUUCGCUGCGAGCUUCUGCGGAUUCGGCUCCCAAAGCCCGGUUCGUGGCACGGCGGAAGGAAUCUAUCUCCGUCAGCCAACUUGGGCGCCCUCUAAGUAAUGUUAGGAUAAGCGUAUGUUAUUUUCACUUCGUGUCAGGGAUCUGGGUUUUGCUUGUUCUGAUUGAGGGUUUUCUUGCUUUGGUUGGCAACUUUGUAGCGGAGUAUAUGAGCUUGCCGGCGAGUCAGUACUCGGUGCUGGAUGCCGAGAGGAUAGAGAGGGUGGAUGACAACACGUUCAGGUGUUAUGUCUACAGGUUCAAGUUCUUCAAUUUUGAAGUUUGCCCUGUUUUGCUGGUUAAGGUUGAGGAGCAGCCUUAUGGCUGCUGCAUUAACCUCUUGUCCUGUAAGCUUGAGGGUUCACCCAUUGUCGUUGCACAGAAUGACAAAUUUGAUGCUUCUAUGGUGAAUCGGAUCUCAUGCGAUACCAACCAAAGCAAUUCAUUGGUACAGCAACUUACUUCUGAUGCUGUCAUUGAGGUGAGCAUUGAAGUCCCUUUUGCUUUUAGACUACUUCCAGCCGGAGCAAUUGAAUCAGCCGGGACAGGGGUCCUGCAACAGAUACUGGGCAUCAUGCUUCCCCGCUUUAUGCAGCAGCUUGUGAAGGACUAUCAAGCAUGGGCCUCCGGUGAUACCUCAAGACAGGCACUUGGAACGGGUGAGAUAUGAGAACUUGGAGCUUUUCUGGAGGUGGAAAUCAUUCGAUAGUUUCGAGUUCGUGCCACACCAUUAUUAUGCAGAGUAGAGACAGUAUUAGCUGCAGAACUUUGUCCUUCUUAUCUGUCAUUUCUCCAGAUCGGAAGUAGUGAAUUUAUGUGACACUGUAAAUUAUGACGAUGUUAGUUACUUGUCUAUUACAUUCUUCUUUCUAAGACUGGAUAAGAAUUCUCCUCACACAGUUGGAAAAUGGGGCUGCCCUUUAUCUGGCUGGUGGUCACUGCCUGCUCUGUUUGUUGGCAGAAACAUAUGCAGGUUUUCAUUCCACCUAUGGCUCGAAUUUUGCGAUCUAUGAAACCUUCUGCAGAUGCUCUUAUUAGCAAGCUA